AAUUAGGGUUUUUCAAGGGUUUAGAGGAAUUCGAAACUGCGAAAUUCUCAUCCUCACCUCACAAUUUCAGAUUCUCAGCAUGAGAAGAUCUUCAAUUUCACUUCUCUCACGUUUUGCUCGGCACAGAUGCGUCUUAUCUAGAAGUUACAUUUCGGAACCUUCGUCGUCUUCUUCUUCGUCUUCUUCUUCGUCUUCUUCUUCAUCACUUCUGUCACCUGGACAGGACCUCAAAUCCUGUAGCAAAACACAUGGGAUGAUUCUUAGAACCAACCAAUUUCGAACAAACCCAUCUCGAAAUCUCGAUACCCUCGUAGAGAAACCAGCCCAGAUGAGCUCUAGGCAGAGAAAAGUUAAACAAAGAUCUGAUCUUGAAGAUGCUUUUGAGUCUGCAAAAACGACUGAAGAAAUGCUCAAAGCGUUUAAAGAUAUGGAGGCUUCAUUUGAUGAGAAAGAGCUUGGAAUGGCUUUAUUGAAAGUAGGGCUCCAACUUGAUCGCGAAGGUGAGGACCCAGAAAAAGUUAUCUCUUUUGCAAAUAGAGCUUUGAAAGCACUGGAAAAAGAUGAUAAACCUUCUUUUCCUGUUGCCAUGGCUUUACAAUUAUUGGGUUCUGUUAAUUAUAGGUUAAAAAAGUUCGGUGAUGGUUUGGGGUAUCUUAAUAGGGCUAAUAGGCUACUGUUUAGGUUGGAGGAAGAGGGUGUUAGUGUUGAGGAUAUUAGGCCAGUGUUGCAUGCUGUGCAGCUUGAAUUGUCGAAUGUGAAAACAGCUAUGGGGAGGAGAGAGGAGGCACUUGAGAACCAUAGGAAGUGUUUGGAGAUUAAGGAGUUGAUGCUUGAGAAAGAUAGUAGGGAACUGGGCGUGGCUUACAGGGAUCUGGCUGAGGCUUAUGUUGCAGUUUUAAAUUUUAAGGAGGCCUUGCCAUAUGGUUUGAAGGCAUUGGAGAUACAUAAGGAAUUGGGGCAGAACUCAGUAGAGGUUGCACAUGAUAGGAGGCUUCUUGGAGUCAUUUACACGGGUUUAGAGGAGCAUGAGAAGGCACUAGAGCAAAACUUGUUAUCACAGAAAGUGUUGAAGAGUUGGGGUCUUAGUUCUGAGUUGCUUCAUGCAGAGAUUGAUGCUGCAAAUAUGCAGAUUGCAUUGGGAAAUUUUGAUGAAGCUAUUAAUACUUUAAAGGGUGUAGUUAACCAGACAGAGAAAGAUAGUCGGAAUCGAGCCCUGAUUUUUAUUUCAAUGGGAAAGGCAUUAUGUAAUCAGGAAAAAUUUGCAGACUCAAAGAGGUGUUUAGAAAUUGCUUGUGGGAUACUUGGAAAGAAAGAAAUACACUAUCCACUCGAAGUUGCUGAGGCAUACUCUGAGAUAUCCAUGCAAUAUGAGAAUAUGAAUGAGUUUGAGACUGCAAUUUCCUUGUUAAAGAGAUCAUUAGCCUUACUAGAGAAGCAACCUCAAGAACAGCACUCAGAGGGCAGCAUUUCAGCUAGAAUAGGGUGGUUACUUCUUUUGUCUGGUAAGGUGCUACAGGCAAUUCCAUACUUAGAGAGUGCAGCAGAGAUGUUGAAAGAGAGCUUUGGAUCCAAGCAUUUUGGAGUGGGAUAUAUUUACAAUAAUUUGGGUGCAGCAUAUUUGGAACUUGACAGACCGCAGUCUGCUGCACAAGUGUUUGCAGUUGCAAAGGACAUCAUGGAUGUCUCACUUGGUCCCAACCAUGCUGAUUCAAUUGAUGCUUGUCAGAACCUUUCUAAAGCAUACGGAGCCAUGGGAAGCUACACCCUUGCAAUUGAAUUUCAGCAGCGAGUAAUUGAUGCAUGGGAAAGCCAUGGACCAAGUGCAGAAGAUCAGUUGAGAGAAGCCAAACGACUUCUUGAAGAAUUAAAGAAAAAAGCCUUUGUUGCAUCCACAAAUGAAGAUCCUAUGAAGGCCUUGCCGUUGCCCCAGAAUAUUUCCCCUCCCAUAAGUUCAGAAGCCAAUUUUGCCAUCAAUCAGAAUUAAGUUCAAUUGUACUUCAAAGUUCAAACAUCCUUGCAGUUGUUUGUGCUUGGCUUUGUCAUUCAAGUGGUAAGUAUCACUUUUUGCUUGAUAAAAUUUUUAUUACAUUUGUAGUGCUAAAGUUACUUAAACAGAUUCUUUCCCCCCACAAAAGUUUUCAGAAAACCACGUUUGGUUGUCUAUAUGUUUAUUAGUAAAAUCUUGAAAAGAUAUUGUACUUGGAGAAGCUUAGUAAUGCUUUUUCUUUGUUCUCCCAAUAUUAAGUCUUCUCAUGAAUCUCUUUCUAUACAUCGUCUUUCAUCUUAGCUUGAGAUCGUCUGAAGAAAAAUCUCAUCAAUGUUCUCUGAAGUUGUUCAACUGAGGAUGUUAAUCAAAAGUUUACAAUCAU